CUAACACAUCCCCUAACGGUCCACUGCCUUCACUUACAGACACUUUUAUUCACGACGCAAGGACCUUGCACGCCGCCUUUAACCACUACUCGGGCUUCUUUUAUCCCCACAGUUAUUGUUUUUCAUUCAACAUCAUCCUUCCAUCCAUUCGCCAUGGCUACUUACCUUGCUCCUCCGGUCUCUUCUAAUAAGGAGAACUCUCCCGCACCUAACAUCGCCCUCAGCGAUAUCGACGCCAUCUCUCUUUCCUUGCGUACCUCACUUUCCGGGGUUACUCUUCCGGCCAAAAAGAAGGUUGCUGCCCUUGGUCUUGGCCGUGCUCCAAAAUUCACUUAUCGUCGCCACUCCAACAAGCCUUACAACCGAUCUACCUCCAUCACCCGAGCUAAAAAGGCUGCUGUUCAAACCAAGAGUGUCAGGUCCAAGGCUGCCGUCAAAAAGAGUAACACCAGGCCUCUGCCCUUGAAGUUGGUCCAAAGGCUAGAUGUGGAAAGCGCGAGGCUGGAGAGGUUAAGAAAAGCCGUUUGGAACCCUCCUGCUCCGGUUCCUGGCCAAGUCAGAGUUCCUCUCAAAUUGCCUUAUCCUAGGUUCCCUUCAAUUGAAUACAUUGAUAAUGAAUACCUCAAGGAAAUUCCCGUUCAGUACAUCUUUGACCGCAUGGUUCCUCUUCUUCCCUCCAUUGCUACCAUUACCCUUGCCUACCAACCUUAUGCUUCCAUUCCUCACCCCGACUCCAAAAUCUUGCGUGACACCACUCUCGCUUUUGCCAUUCCAGAGGUUAUCGACGGUCGCAAACCACAUUGGGCCGCCAAAGCACGAGGACGAGAGCCAGAUCUGGCACUUGCUGUCGCUUACAAAUCUGGAGAAGGGUCAAACGGUAACACGGUCGUUGCAGUCAAUAGUCUUGCUUUUGCUACUCAAUGCGCGUACUGGCCUCGACUUCUGACCACGUCAAUACCAAUUCCUACUCCCAAACGCCCUACACCUUCAGCAUCAGCUGUCUCAACCUCUCUCCCUGCUAUUGUCGAGACUGAAGAAAAUGUUUCCGAUGCUUCCUUUUCAUCUUCAUCGUCAUGGUCUGAUAGCGAUUCAGAGGUCGAGUUCAUUGACCUUCCCAGGCUGCCGAGACCUGUCAAGGACGACAAGGGUUUCUUACAUCUUCCUCUUGUUGAGCUCCCUAUCCCAUCUCCUUCCACGUUCCCCAUCAUCCACCGACAUCUCCACCACCCUUCUCGGGCUCUUCUUCCCGAUCUCCUUGGUCUGCCUGAGCACUACACGACUCGGUCGCAAGUGCUUGAUGCCAUCUCUGGUCUCUCGGUUCAGCAAUUAAUGGACAAGCUCACGACCUUGCAAGGCGUUUGGCAAAACCUCUGCAGCCUUGGGAUUGGACGACUGGGCACUUGGCGACAAUUGGGAGAGGCAUGGGCUUGUGUGGUGGGUGUAAUCGCUGGUCAAGGUCUGCUGAUUGCAGGACAAGAAGAAGCCGAGGUGCAGCGUACUGGGCGAAAGACUGCAGCGGAGGAUGUUGCAUGGGAAUGGGUGAGGCGAGAGAAGGCGAAGGAACAACAGUAGAUAGAAAAGUCAUUACUCAUCACCUACUCUAGAAGGAUUGCCGGUUGUAUAAAUAGUAGUACUGUACUCGUAGUGA